CCUCACAUCUCCAGUCCUGCUCCGCCCCGACGUGCCAGUCGCCCACUUCCAUCUCCUUUCCUCCAUGACCCGAAAGACCGUCGUCGAGAAGCGCAGGAUUGUCCAGGAGGCUUACUCCUGCAAAAAUAACAUCAAGGCCACAGCCCGCAAGUUCAAGGUGCAACCGCAACAUAUACGGCGCUGGCUCCGGCAGCUCGAAAGGAUCGACGGGUACUCGAUCAAGGACCAGUCGCCCGCAAACGUGGCCCAGGACCUUCCCAACGGCCAACCCCGCCUCUCUCUCUCUUCGCCGACCGAUUCCUGCAGCGACAUCUCUGGCAUUAGUCCGAUGAUGGAGCAGCCAUUGUACACCUACGGACCAAGAGCCAGCCAGGCUCGCUCUCCCAUGCCCCUUCCCGAGCAUCCGAUCGAAUUCCAAGACGGUCCUCCGACAUUUUGCGACAUACCUAUGCCGUUAAAUUCCGCCGUGCUUCUGUCUGGACAACAUCCGAUCGUGCUGUCGCGGAUAGCAGAGUCGCAGUCGCAGUUGCCGCCACAGCAAGCAACUCAAUACCGCCCCGGACCGCUUGUCGCUGAGCUGGCUUGCGUGCCCGAAUCCAGCGCUGCAGGCUCACAAGUGCUCGGCAUUGGCUCCUCCAUGCCCAACCCAUACUUUCUUGAAUCCCACACAUCUGCAUCCUACACACACAUAGUCCGAUCACGCAUGUAUCACUCCUACAUCGCCGAGCCGAAUGUGCCCGAGUCCUAUGGACCGCCCGGCUGCUUACAAGUGAUCCAACCGAGUCCGCGUUUUGAUCACUAUGCAGACACCGCGGUCUCCUAUGCAACGGUGGUCUCUGGACGAGCCGAAACGAUUGACGGCGCUACCACCCUGGAACACCCAGCAUUACCUGCUGCCCCAACCCUCCACACUGCGCUCAACAUACCCGCGGCCCCUGUAAUCCGCACCGCCUUUGGCAUUCCCGUCACAACCGAGAUUCAUAUCGUUACUGGCAUGCUUGUCGAUUCUGCCGCUGAUGCCCCCCACUCUGGCCAUCAUUCGGCUCCUGCUGCUUCUGUUGCUUCGAUCGGAUCUGCUCACUCGCCGCGGACUAUGUCGCUGUCCCAACGCUAUCCGCCGCCGACCCGGACGGCCUGCGAGCGCUACAGCCCCACACUGUCGUCUGUUACUUGCGAGCUUUCCCCAAACGUGUCGGCGAGCGCCUCGAUUCAGCUGCAGCACAGCGAAUCAAGCUUUGGUCAGGCUGUCGGGGGCUCGUUUGCAAACCCGAGCGGCUUUGGGAACCGCGACGCCUGGCACUGCUACUUUCCAUCUGCUUCUCCCUACUGAUAGAGCGUACGUCAUAAUCCAUCCAGCACGCCUCCACUUCCCUCUUUCGCUCCGUCCCAUCGGAUUGCCCUUACUGCCACUGGGCGAGUUAUCUUUUUCUCGUUUCCGCCAGCACCUUUUGUCAUAGCCAUUGCAAGCGUUAUUCAAGCCCAUUUCACUUUUGUCACUUCUCUUUGCACUGCCGUUGACAUUGCUGGCACGUGCACAUACGGUGUCGUGCUUUACACCAACUGUAUUUUACCCGGAAUCGAUGGGAGGGCUCCUUCGUGGAUGAGUGGCUUCUUUGUUCCCAUUUAUUCGGCGCUUGUGCGGAGGUGAUAGCCAUGUCUCCCAGUUCCUUCUUCCUUUGGCGAGGGGUGGCUGUUAUUUAUUGAUCUCUUGACUGCCUG